AUGGAUUCAAACACUGCACACAAACCUGUGUUUCUGGUAUUUCCUCCAGAGGUCACUGUUCCCGAAUUUCAGUCAAUGGAUUAUACAACCACAACCUAUGAGUCUAGCAUUCCCUUUCCAAAAAUACUUGCUACAAAAGUGAAACUCUUUGGGGCUAUCCAGAUCUUGUUUGGACUGCUGAACUUUUCCUUUGGAGUUAUUUUUCUUUUCACCUUUGAAAAACCAUACCCAAGGUUCCCCUUUAUAUUUGUUACAGGAUAUCCAUUCUGGAGCUCCAUUUUGUUCAUUAAUUCUGGAGCCUUCCUAGUUGCAUUGGAAAGAAAAACCACAGAAACUCUGGUGAAGAUGAGCCGAUCAAUGAAUUUUUGUAGUGCCCUGGCAGCAAUAGCUGGAAUCAUUCUUCUUGCAUUUGGUUUCAUUGUAGAUCAAAACUACCUUUGUGGCUAUGCUGGAGAAGUUAGUGAGUGCAAGGCUGUUACUGCCCUAUUCAUUGGAGUUUUGACUAUGUUGAUGGCCUUCAGCAUUAUUGAAUUGCUCAUUUCUAUGUCCUUCUCAAUUUUGACUAGACCCUUUGACUGA